AAGAAAGAAACUCAUUUGGAACAACUUGAGGGAGGCGGAUCCACUGGAUUGAGAUCGAGUCCAUCAUGUGCUCCUGCCCACCGAGCCAAAAUAUCCCAGCAUUUCACUCUUCAUUUUCCUCUCGCCACAUCCUCUCCGACUACAAGCGACUUCCAGUGUCCUGGAAAAACAACAGUCUAGCAAUCUCGGACAGACACGGAUAUGAGUCCUCUGAGGUUGUGGUCAUGUAGUUUGUACUGAAGCUGUUUUGCAGAGAGCGCUGGUGAGAAAUCAGACAUCAGCAUCAUCCAGGAUGUCUCUGAUGUUUGGGAAAGCAAGAACUUGCAACAUUGUCACAGUUCCUGAGCAUGAGCCCUUGGAGUGCAACAUAGUGAUUUUGGGAGCUAUGAGAUCUGGAAAGUCAGCACUUACAGUGAAAUUCCUCACGAAGCGCUUCAUUAGUGAAUAUGACCCAAACCUUGAAGAUACCUACUCUUCAGAAGAAGUUGUGGACCAGCAGCCAGUUCUGGUUAAAGUGAUGGACACGGCUGAUCAGGAUGGACCAGUCAACUGUGAGCGCUAUUUAAACUGGGCCAAUGCCUUCAUCAUUGUCUACAGCAUUGACAACCGGAACAGCUUUGAGGCCUGCCAGCAAUACUUGGAGACCGUGACCCUUUACUCAAAAGGCCUGCAGCCAGAAGCUCCUGUCAUUCUUCUAGGCAACAAAGUGGACAUGGAGAGAUACAGACAGGUGAGUAAGGCAGAUGGUGCCGCUCUGGCCUUGCGUUUCGGCUGCCUAUUCUUUGAAGUUUCCGCCUGCUUGGACUUCCUGUCCGUUCAGCACAUCUUUCACCAAGCCAUUCGGGAAGUGAGGCGAGAAACACAGAGGAGUAUCCGUCCGCUCUUCAUCAGCGAAGACAAGUCUGCGAUCAGCCUGUCCUCUGCCCCUCCCCUCACCGCCUGCUAUAAAGAGCUGCCCACCCCAGCCACCGCAAAGCUGGUUACGGUCAAGUCCUCGAGAGCUCAGAGCAAACGCAGAGCCCCCACGCUUACACUGCUCAAGGGCUUCAAGAUCUUCUGAUGUAAUGACACCCUCUUCUGAUAAUGGAGAGGAUCUACAAGAGGGAAUGCUUGUUUGGAUGUCGCAUCGGCUCAUUUAGUAUCAAAGCUAAGAGAACCUGAAGGAUUGCAACGUCUCUCACAUACUUGAGAAUGCGGUAACUGUAUGAAAAUGGACAGUGAGCUGAAUAUUUCAGAGUGCUAAUGAAUGUCUUUGAUAGCAUUUCAGAUUAUUCUGUUAUAAUUGUUGAUUUUUUUGUUUGUUUGUUUCACUACUUUUUGCACCAGUAUUAUGCUUGUGUUUUAUUGUGGAAAACCCAAUUUCCACUUAAUAUAUUAAUUUCAGAGGAUUCAUCUGGACUUUUUUUUUUUUUUUACACAGCAAAACACAAAACCUAAUCAUGCACAAAAUACCAAAGAAAAUUUCAGGACAAAAUUGAGCACUUAUCUUUAUUUGUUCUUGUUAAACUGUAAAAAAUAAUACGUUUAUCAUAUUGCAUCACAUCAAGUGAGAGAGAAGAGAAUCAUUUACAUUGCUUUAUGUGGGAAGCAUAAAAAAUAUGAAAAUUAAAUAUUUGGUUUAAUCCAUAAACGUUUGUAUGGUAAACUAUUACUUUAUGGUUCAGAAAAAAAGUUAACUCAUGAUCAAUUUUGAUGCACUUUUACAUAAAAAGUUUUUUUAAUAACAAAUAGAAAACUUGCAUUUUUAAAAAACAUAAACUAUAAAACUUGAAAUGAAUAUAUGUGUAAAUAUAUUAUGUAAUUAUAAAUCUGGUUGGUUGACCCAAGGCUAUAAGCAUAUAUUUUGGGCUAGGGAAACCAAGUGCAAUAAUUAUUAAACACUGGUGGCCAAAAGUUAUUAUAAGAAUAAUUGAUUUGGUAACACUUUAUUUGAAGGGGUGUGCAUAAGACUG